AUGGAACGCCCUACGCCGCGUGUUACUAGCGAUAUGCUUGGCGAAUGCGCCGGUAGAACUGUCAGAAUUGUUGGAAAAGUGAACCAUGUGAGUGACCGUGCUGCGCAAGUGGAAUGCAACGAUCAUCCCUUUGAAAUGAACCUUACGGUCGAUAAUAAUUUGGAACCUAUGCAUUUUUACGAAUUUGUCAUCUCUGUGAAACCUGAUACUUCAGUACAACUUCUUACCUGCGUUGAUUUUGGUACGAACAUAGAUAUGGAUGUAUACAAACACCUUGUUCAGUUUAGCAACAAGUACAAAUCGCUGUUCUACGAAUAA